AUGAUGCCCUCAGGUGGCAUCCAGCCCGGUGGAUACUUCAACGGCCCCUUCUCCAGCACCCAACGACAGCAAGGAACGUACCCUCCAGGUAAUGCCCCCUCGUACAAUGAACAGGGUUACCACGACUACACGGCCGACUACCAUAGCGGCCGGAACGAUGACGACUUUGAGACCAAGAGCUACAACUCGCACUCGCACCUCAACAACUCUAAGGAGUAUGGCGUCGGCUCAGUCGUUCCCAGCGUCAACUUUGCGCCUCCGGCCCCAAUCGGGCGCGACCAGUAUCCACCGUCACCGAGUCUCAUGGGCUACCCGCCGCCUCCGGCCCCCCAUUCGGUGAGCCAGCUGCCGACGACGCCGAGCUUCUCAGGCUCGAGCCACUGGCACAGUGUACGCAACCAGCUCCUGGCCCGCCGUGUCGUCAAGCAGAUUCCGCUCUUCAACGGAAACCUUGUCAUGGACGUGCCCGUGCCCAAGGGCGUCGUGCCCGCCAGCACGGGUGCCGUUGGUGCCGAGCCCGGCGAGAUGGAGAAGUUGCGCUACAGCGCCGCGACCUGCGACCCAGACGACUUUACCCGCCGCAAAUUCCACCUCCGCCAGUACCUGUACGGACGCAGGACCGAGCUGUUUAUCGUAAUGACCAUGUACAAUGAGGACUCGAUCCUGCUGCUGCGCACGCUUAACGCGGUCAUUAAAAACAUUGCGCACCUGUGCUCGCGCACGCGGUCCAAGACGUGGGGCACGGGCUCGUGGCGCAAGGUGGUCGUGUGCAUCGUCGCCGACGGUCGUAACAAGUGUGAUGCGCGUGUCCUCAAGGUCCUGCAGCUCAUGGGCGUGUACGCCGAGGGUGUCGCCAAGGACACAGUCGCCGGCAAGGAGGUGCAAGCCCACAUCUACGAGUACACCACGCAGGUCGUCGUCAGCGAGACGGGCGAGGUCGGCUUUGGUGCAGUGCCGGUCCAGGUCAUCUUCUGCCUCAAAGAAUCAAACAAGAAGAAGCUCAACUCGCACCGCUGGUUCUUCAACGCCUUCGGACCGCAGGUCAAGCCUAACGUCUGCGCACUCCUCGACGUCGGCACCAAGCCCUCUGGCACGAGUCUGUACGAGCUGUACAAGUGCUUUGAGAAGCACCCCAACGUCGGAGGUGCGUGUGGUGAGAUUUACGCCGACUCGGGCAAGUGGGGCCGGUACCUGCUCAAUCCGAUCGUCGCGGGCCAGAACUUUGAGUACAAGAUGUCCAACAUUCUCGACAAGCCGUUCGAGUCAGUCUUCGGUUUCAUCUCAGUGCUGCCCGGAGCCUUCUCGGCGUACCGGUACGCGGCGGUGGCUAACCACCCGGACGGCACUGGCCCGCUCGCAUCCUACUUCCACGGUGAGAAGAUGAACGAGCCUGGCGUCGAGGCAUCCAUCUUCGACCGCAACAUGUUCCUCGCUGAGGACCGUAUCCUCGCCUUUGAGAUUGUCACGAAGAAGAACGCAAAAUGGCGCCUGCAAUACGUCAAGAGCGCCAAAGCCGGAACCGAUGUGCCCUCUGGUGUGCCCGAGUUCAUUUCGCAACGUCGUCGCUGGCUCAACGGUUCCAUCUUCGCCUCCUUCUACGCGCUUUACUCGUUCUGGCGCGUGUGGACUUCGGGACACAACAUCAUCCGCAAGUUUGCGCUCAUGAUCCUCACGUUCUACAACUUUGUCAACCUCCUCUUCAACUGGCUUUCGAUCUCGUCGUACUACCUCGCCUUCUACUUCCUUCUCCAGUCGUCCGUCUCAUCGCCCACCGACCCGUUCGGCGGUGCGGGCGACGAGAUCUUCCAGGUCUUCAACAAGGUGUACAUUGGUAUCCUCUUCAUCGUCCUCAUUUGUUCGCUCGGUAACCGCCCGCAGGGUUCGCGGUUCAUGUACACUGCCUGCAUUAUCCUCUUCGCCGUGUGCCAGGGUAUCCUGCUCUACUGUGCCGGCUUUACAGUGUACCAGACUGUCCCGCACACCGCUGAGGGCUGGACAAACCUGAGCGAGCUUUUUUCGAACCGCACGUUCCUCGACCUCGCCAUGUCGCUCCUGGCGACGUACGGUCUUUAUCUCAUUUCGUCGCUCAUGUACCUCGAGCCGUGGCACAUGUUCACGUCUUUCAUCCAGUACCUCUUCCUGCUCCCAUCAUACGUCAACAUUCUGCUCAUCUACGCCUUCUGCAACUUGCACGACGUGUCGUGGGGUACCAAGGGUGACAACGGUUCGGCCAAGGAUCUCGGUCAGGCCAAGAAGGUCAAGAACGACGAUGGCGAGGAGGCGCUCGAGGUCGCCCUCCCCACACGCCAGGAGGACGUCGAGGCGCUCUGGCAGCAGGCGCGUGCUGAGAUCCGCAUCCCGCCAAAGGAGGUCAAGGAGAAGCGUGACGCGACGACCAAGCGGUCAGACUCCGACCGCAACUUCCGUACAAACGUCGUCCUCCUCUUCCUCGGCAGCAACAUGAUCAUUAUCCUCCUCUUCACGUCCUCGGUCUUCACCGGCUGGAUCAGCCAGCACUUUGCCGAAACCACCUCGGGCGCCUUCAACCCCUACCUUACAGUCAUCUUCUACGCCGUCCUUUUCCUCAGUGCGAUGCGCUUCCUCGGCUGCACGCUGUACCUCAUAUUCCGCAUCUUUGGAUUCUAG